AUGUCACAAACAAAUCAAGACCUAACAUUUUUCAAAGACCAUACCCUAAUAUCAGAGAAGAUACUAACAGGUAGAAACUCAUAUCUAACAACUAUAACACAUACUCAAGGUACAUCACCCAACUGGUUAGUCAACUCGUUAAUUGAAAAUUGUUUAAUAGGAACUGCAUCGUUAAUAAAUCAGGAAUUGAAAAAUACAACCAAGAGUAAAGUUGUGUUUAUUAGCUUUUUGCAUAACAAAGACUACUACAUAAAAAAUUGUCGAAAGAAUGGACUUGAUUUAACUGAUUCGAAUUUCAUAUUCGUUGAUUAUUUUACUACGUUAUUUUCAGAAAAGAUUAAGAAUACUUCAAAUGCAAUAGAAGAUACUAAUAAAUUAUUUGAUUUACAAAUACCUGAAAAGUCAGUAGUUUUUAUUGAAUCACCAGAAGUAUUAUUAUACUCCACGAAUAUAAUAAGUGACGAUUUAUUAUUUAAUUUAAUCAAAUUAAAUAGAAAGACAACUCAAUUAAUAAUUAUAAGUUCUAAAGAUUCAAAUUUAGUGGAUUACAAUGUAAAUGAAAUAGAUAAUCCAACUUAUAAAAUCACUGAUUUUUUAACAAAACUAUUAUUCAGAUCACAACUUAACAUUUCAUUAUUACCUUUAGUAACAGGUAGAGCAAAAGAUAUUACAGGGAGUAUAAAAAUCUCAAAGGGAUGUUUACCAUAUUUCGACAAUUUAGUAGUUGAUGAAAAAGAAUACGUCUACAACAUUACAAAAGACUCAAAUAUAAAAAUAUAUUACCGUUAA